AUGUUUCCGAUCUUCUCUUAUCCUUUUUCUGUAUCUUCCCAUUCUCUUCCUUAUCUCUUUCUAAAAAAUAAUCCAUCAUCUUAUGUUUCCGAUCUUCUCUUAUCCUUUUCUGUAUCUUCCCAUUCUCUUCCUUAUCUCUUUCUAUACAAAAUAAUCCAUCAUCUUAUGUUUCUGAUCUUCCAUUCUCUUAUCCUUUUUUCUGUAUCUUCCCAUUCUCUUCCUUAUCCCUUUCUAUACAAAAUAAUCCAUCAUCUUAUGUUUCCGAUCUUCUUAUCCUUUUUCUGUAUCUUCCCAUUCUCUUCCUUAUCCUUUCUAUACAAAAUAAUCCAUCAUCUUAUGUUUCCGAUCUUUAUCUUUUUCUGUAUCCUUUUUCCUCUGUAUCUUUAUCCUUUUUCUGUAUCUUCCCAUUCUCUUCCUUAUCCUUUUCUAUACAAAAUAAUCCAUCAUCUUAUGUUUCCGAUCUUCUCUUAUCCUUUUUCUGUAUCUUCCCAUUCUCUUCCUUUAUCUCUUUCUAUACAAAAUAAUCCAUCAUCUUAUGUUUCGAUCUUCUCUUAUCCUUUUUCUGUAUCUUCCCAUUCUCUUCCUUAUCCUUUUCUAUACAAAAUAAUCCAUCAUCUUAUGUUUCCGAUCUUCUCUUAUCCUUUUUCUGUAUCUUCCCAUUCUCUUCCUUAUCCCUUUCUAUACAAAAUAAUCCAUCAUCUUAUGUUUCCGAUCUUCUCUUAUCCUUUUUCUGUAUCUUCCCAUUCUCUUCCUUAUCCCUUUCUAUACAAAAUAAUCCAUCAUCUUAUGUUUCCGAUCUUCUCUUAUCCUUUUUCUGUAUCUUCCCAUUCUCUUAUCCUAUCCCUUUCUAUACAAAAAAUCCAUCAUCUUAUGUUUCCGAUCUUCUCUUAUCCUUUUUCUGUAUCUUCCCAUUCUCUUCCUUAUCUCUUUCUAUACAAAAUAAUCCAUCAUCUUAUGUUUCCGAUCUUCUCUUAUCCUUUUUCUGUAUCUUCCCAUUCUCUUCCUUAUCUCUUUCUAUACAAAAUAAUCCAUCAUCUUAUGUUUCCGAUCUUCUCUUAUCCUUUUUCUGUAUCUUCCCAUUCUCUUCCUUAUCCUUUUCUAUACAAAAUAAUCCAUCAUCUUAUGUUUCCGAUCUUCUCUUUAUCCUUUUUCUGUAUCUUCCCAUUCUCUUCCUUAUCCCUUUCUAUACAAAAUAAUCCAUCAUCUUAUGUUUCCGAUUCUCUUAUCCUUUUCUGUAUCUUCCCAUUCUCUUCCUUAUCCCUUUCUAUACAAAUAAUCCAUCAUCUUAUGUUUCCGAUCUUCUCUUAUCCUUUUCUGUAUCUUCCCAUUCUCUUCCUUAUCCCUUUCUAUACAAAAUAA